AUUAGUUAACCGCCAAAAACAUUCCUGUUCCACCAAUCAAAAGACGUGAUUCUUAAUAUUAAUCGCAAUUUCCGUUCAAGAUGGCCGACAAAACUAUGCCUAUUUUUGUUCCAUCUGAAAAGCCUGCUAAAGUGAUAAAGUGGAAAGUAAAACAAGGUGCAUUUGUGUCACAAGGUCAGAUUUUAUUUUUAUAUAAUGAUUCAUCUGGCAGUAACAGUGAUUUAAAAAAAUAUAAAGCGGCGCGUGCUGGUACCAUUUCGACGAUCAAGGUGAAGGAAGGAGACAUUGCAGAGCCUGGAACUGCAGUAGCUGAAUUAGAAGCAUGUCAGCAUCCUACAGUUAUGAAAGAGAUGUGCGCGGAGUGCGGCGCCGAUCUUCGUACGGAUGAGGGCACAAAGCGCGAUGUUGCUGUUGUUCCAAUGGUGCAUUCUGUACCUGAAUUGAAAGUGUCUGAAGAAUUGGCUCAAAAAUUAGGACGUGAAGAUGCUGAGCGCCUAUUGAAAGAUAAAAAAUUAGUUUUACUUGUGGACUUGGACCAAACAUUAGUUCAUACAACCAAUGAUAAUGUUGCACCAAAUCUGAAGGGUGUAUUACACUUUUUCCUGCGUAGUCCUGGUUGUCCAGGAAGAUGGUGCCACACAAGGUUAAGGCCUCGAACAAAGGAAUUCUUGGAAGGUGCAGCCAAAAACUAUGAACUUCAUGUUUGUACCUUUGGUGCAAGGCAGUAUGCACAUGCAGUAUCUGAUCUGUUGGAUCCAGAAAAAAAAUUCUUCUCACACAGAAUACUUUCAAGAGAUGAAUGUUUUGAUCCCAGAACAAAGGCGGCUAAUUUAAAGGCAUUGUUUCCUUGCGGCGACAACAUGGUGUGUAUAAUUGACGACAGAGAGGAUGUAUGGAGGCAUGCAACAAACCUAAUCCAUGUGAGGCCGUAUUCCUUCUUUCAAUCAACGGGAGAUAUUAAUGCACCACCGUCUUUACCAGAAGAAAAAUCUAAAGUAAUAGCUGGCAAGAAUGGCUCUCAAUUAGCUGCUGCUCUCAAUCAAAUGCCUAUUCUGGACGUCGAGCCAGAAAAAGAGGUUGAAAAAAAGAAAUCAGACAGUGAUGAUGAAGUAGUAAAAGAUAAACCAAAUGAGGACAAAUUAAAAUCGGACAAUCCUGAAGCAGAACAAAAGAAGUCCACAGUGGGAGACAGUGACAAAAGUGAAGGGCAAAAUGUUUUAGAGAAUGUGUGCAACGAACCAAAAUGGGUCGAAACUGCAGAUGGACAAAUUGAAGUAGAGGAUCCCGAUGACUAUUUAAUAUAUCUAGAAGAUAUCCUUAAAAGGAUACACAAACAUUUCUACGACCUCUACGAACAAACCGGCGGUAAACAAAUACCAGAUUUAAAGACUAUAAUACCUGAAGUGAAGAGUAAAGUGUUAUCUGGAACGAGUCUAGUAUUCAGUGGUUUAGUUCCAACACAUCAGAGGCUGGAGACUUCCCGAGCUUAUCAAGUGGCUCGAAGUUUAGGGGCUCGAGUCACACAAGACUAUACUGAAGGCAGUACACAUCUGGUCGCCGUUAGAGCAGGCACAGCUAAAGUAAAUGCCAGCAGAAGAAUGGGUGAAGGCAAGAACAAAGUGCACGUUGUAACGCCCGAAUGGCUAUGGACGUGUGCGGAACGAUGGGAGAGAGUCGACGAGAGGCUGUACCCUUUACAGAGACAAACACAGAGCAGCUCGCGGCGGCCGCCCGCCCACUGCAGCAGCCCGCCGCCCGCCCCAGCCCCGCCCGCCCCGACGCCCGCCCUACGGCGACGGACGCCCUCCGGACGGUUCAUGGACACGCUCAACCCGCUGCUGUCCUUCUCCAGCGACGACAUCGCCGACAUGGACCGAGAGGUUGAGGAUAUCUUUAACGAGUCCGAUGAAAGUUCAUCUGAUGAAUCUAAGCCUAAGGAGGACGACCUUGACGACGAGGAGAACCCUCCCGAAGACAGGCUGAUAUCUGUAGAGAAUGAUGACACGUGCUCACAAGAUAGAUUACAAGAACUUAAUGAAGCAUCCAGUGAUUCAGAAUUAGAAGAUAACCGCCCUCGCAAACGGGCGCGGCCGUCGAGCCCGCCUUCAGACGAUGAGCCCCCGGACGACGACGACAGCUCUUGGACCCUGAUGGGCGCCGCUCUAGAGCGGGGCUUUCUCGCCGACUGAUGCCUAACCACCGCCCGCCACCACAGAAUAAAUGAUUAUAUUGUGCUCAUUGUGUUUCAUUCAGUCAACAUCUUAUCUGCAUUUUGUUUUAUUAAUUAUACUAUCGUCAUCGAUUGAUAACAAUGCCCCCAGUACACUAGAUACUUCGAACUUUUGUUACUAGGUAUAUCCUGUUAAAACACCAUUACGCGUUACAAAUGCGAAAGUUUGUUCUUUUACGCAAAAACUACUGAACAGAUUUGGAUGAAAUUUGGUAUGCAAAUAGUUUGUGCGGCAUUGUGGAACUCGCAGCGAAUAGCGCCGGUCUGUGUGUCAGGUCGUUUUAUCGCUGCAUAGAUAUGAGUAUAAUCGUAGAUAAAUGAUGAUGAAUGAAUCAUUCAUCUAUGAGUAUAAUGAUGGAUGAGUCAACCAAAACAAGGUUUUCUAAAGUGGGGAAAUGACAAUAAAAUGCGUUUCUUGGAUGAGUACAUGGAGGAGCUGUAGGCAAUUUUUUAAAGAAAAUGCAACACCAAGAAUUAUUUGAAUUUGCGAAUCAACAGACUGUCAAAAUUCGCAUGUAGAUCUCGCUGUGUGAGACAGGCAGGCAGCGAAUUGUCACUGUGCCUGUUAAUUGUAGCAAGUAUAUGCUGUGUGAUUGAAGCUUAAUGUCGGUCAAAACACAAAAAUCUGGGAUCCAGAUUACACCAGUGGCUGCCUGCAACAACUUUACGUUUUUGAGAAUCCCUAUGGAACCUAUUGUUUGUUGCUAUGAAAAGUAUCCUGUCUCAAUGUCAGUAUUAAACUAUGUUUGCUAAAUUUCAUCCAAAUCUGUUCAGCAUGAGUAACACAUUUAUACUACAGUGGAUUUCACAUAUUACGACCUAGAUUGUAGCGACCAUUUAGCUAUAGCGACGUUUAAUCUAAGUCCCUUUAAUUUAAAGCAUACUUUAGUACAAAAUUCAUGUGGCUAUAGCGACUUUGGAUGUAACGCCAAGUUCGGGUGUAGCGUCUGUUUUUAAUGAAUAAUAUGUAACAAAUUCCUAGAAAUCCCAUGCACGUGUUACAACGGCAGUUCUGUUGGCUUUCCUAUCUUUUGUUUACAUCCACACAGAUGGUCAACAAUUGUGGUGACCUUUUGUUGAUAGUUAUUAGCUAGGGACCCAUACUACGCAGGUAAGCAUGUACAUUUCGGUGUUAAAAUGAUUCAGUUACAAAGUGAUAUUCUGAGUGACAACUGUAACAACUUGAUUUUUGAAUAAGUACGGCUCCUAGACGCUCAUUCACUGUUAAAGAAAAGGCAGAAAUCAUUUCAAACUUGAAAUAUGGUGACAGUUAAUAAAGCAACGCAUCUAGAUAUCGAAAAUGACCAUAUUGAUAGUCGACUUAUCACUGCUAACAGUAUGUCUGAUAGUGAAAUAAUUUAAACUGUUCCAUCGCACACAACGCUUGAUGAAAAAGUGAGGAGGAAGAUUGUAAAGAACAUGAGAUUCCUACUACUAAAGAUGUUUUAUGUCUAAGCUCAAAAGAUAUUGUUUAAUUUAGUGAUGGAAAAAUUAUUAUAGACAUUAAACAAGUAAUGAAAAUAGAAUAUGCCCUACAACAUGCACUAGCUCAAAAAAAUAAACUAAAGCAAAUUAAUAUUACACAAUAUUACAAAUGUACCAAUGAUUAACUACAUUUGCAAAUACUCUCAACAAUAAUUAAUGUAACUAAUCUGUGUGUGUCUACACCUAUGCCUGUUACAACUAAUACCCUGAUAUAAUGAAGAAAUUGCCCGGUCUCUUCAAUGUCGUUAUAUCCGAAAUCCACUGUAUGAGCAGGAUUACAAUGGACACUGCAGUAAUAUUUAUAUAAAAAAAUAAAUUUAUCACUACAAUUAAUUUAUUUAUCUAGAUAACAAACUAACUAAAUAGCAUAGGGGUCAUUUUCGUCAAAUACAUGGUACUUUGUAUAAGUGGGUUUGGCAGUGAAAUCUUUCUUCCCUUCUUGCCAGCCUCUUGGAGGUGCUUUGUUGUAAUCAAAGGUUGAAUCUAAUUUUCCAUAAACUUCAGUUUCUCUUUCAAUAUCUUCCCUAUAUUUUUCUUUAGCUACUUUCUUGCCUGUUAUAGGAUCCGUUAUAUCACCAAACGGAUAUACUACUUCUUUUAUUUGGUGGGUAAUAAGUUUAGUAAGUUUUUGGGGAAGGGCCUGUAUAAGCACAAUGUCACCAGUUUUGCACUGCUUCUCAGGAUCGUGGCAGUAGUAAAAUUCAUCUUUCUUAAAGAACAUUAGCAGAUUUUCAUCUAGUUCCAGCCUCUUCACUCUUAUUUUGGUUGCAUUAUGUUUGACAGUCGGUACACACUGACCUAACAGUAAAACUUUUCGUGCCGCUUCUGAUAAAUUACGAGCCAUUACACGAUGUAUGUAAUUAAAUCACUAUUAUAUUAAUUUAGUAAAUCACUAUUGUUCCUCUUAAAUUUUAUUAUAAAAUUCAAUAAUUAAUAAAAUUGUAGCUAGGUUAGAAAAUAGUUUUAUAUUGUUAAACCAAAUGGCAAGGCAAAGAAAUC